UCAUUGACGUGUCAAGCAACUGUGGGUUCCGCAGUAAACAGUGCGUGCAGAGUUUACAUGUGAGUUAUAUUCAGUCAUUUACAAAUAGAGAUUAUUUUACAGCGUAAAGUUUCUCAUCAAACUGGACACUAGUGCUUUAUAAAGCGCAUAUAUGUGACUUUAAACGGGAGCCUCUUGAAACAAAAUGAAUUUUGGUUCUAAAAGUAAGAAGCGGAUGAUUCUUCCGAGCCGACCCGAUCUUCCGACAGUAGAGCAGCUCAUCGAGGAUGUGAACCGAGCUUAUCCCAACGAUCCAGUUUUCACUGUCGUACACGAUUCUGCAGAAGAUUUCAAGGGAAGUUCCAGCAGCGGUGAAGUGGAGGAGAGAUACAGGCAAUGCAGACGCUACAUAGAGCUGCACGAAAAACUGCAAGAAGCGCGCAGUGAUCUCGCGAGGCGGAGAGAGGAGCUACGGGCAACCGGGGACUCUUUAGAACACAGCGUGACGGAGGUGAAGAGGAGCGCGCUCUGACAUCUGUAUCUUGUGGACUUAAGAUGUGUACCCACAAUAGUUAGUGAACAGACUUAAAAAUUCUGAAAACAACAAAUGGAUAUUAAUUUCAAUUAUGCAUGCACAGUACUUCGUUUUAGAUGUUCGAUGCAUAGAGACUUAAAUCUGUGCCACUUUUUGUCAGUGAUAGACAUAUUUAUUGACUCGUAAUGUCUUUCUUCUUUCAAGUUGUUUCACUAAAUUGAAAUUAAAGGUGUAGUGCUAUAUGUGUUACCAUAAUUAAAAAAAAAAGAGAGCUUAGUUACAGUUAGUAUCCAUAAUUUAAAAUAUGUUUGAUGGGAUACUGAUGUAACUUAUGCAAAACCUGCCUAAACUUUAGCCAUCAAUGAUGUAUUAUUUGCACACAAGCACUCACAUCUGUACUUUACGCUUGGUGUAAAUGGACCGUUAGUGUGUUGUAUGUUCAAUAUAAUUUAAUAAAUAGUAAUGGAAAUUUAAAAAGA